AGCCUCUUAAUACAGGCUUUUAAUAACUCAACUGGGACUUAAAAGAAAGAAAACAUCAUUAAAAAUACUGUAAAUUCAGUGUUCUUAGUUUUGUUAUGCAUACCAGUCUCGAAGUAGGACUUGGCCUCUUCCAAGAGUCAUCAACUUGCAUAGAGAAUUACUCCGUGUGGCCCCAAUGUAAUCAACUUGUUAGUCACAUCAAAUGAAAGCCUAUAUACGUACAAUGUCUAACUAUGUUGGCUUAGUUAAGGAUAAAACUCCAAAUAUACAAUUGUCUUAUAGAACUAAAGCAGAAAUAAUAGGCCUAACAUUAAGGCCUAUUUUUUAAAUUUUGUUGGUCAAAUGGGCUUUGUUAAAUGCGUCUUGCCGUGUAAUAAUGGUCAACCUUGUAAGAAACCCUAAUAAGAUUCGUAUAUUCAAUACAUAAAGUUUCCGCCCAGGACGUGCAGGUACGUUAUUGCUAAGGAACUUGUACGAGAAUUCUAUAGUAUCGUGCUCCGGAUUGUAGACAGUUGAACCUUUUAUUGCUGUUCGUGUUGUUAUCUUAAUGUUGGGUUGUGUUCGUACCAAAAUUGUGAAGAAAUCUUCACGUCAGCUGAUUGAGACUAUGCAACAAGAUUGUUGAUUCUCCACCCGUGGAAUCUCCGUCAAGCUACAAGAGAAAGAGCGUGAACGGCGAAUGGACUUUGUCGCUGACGAAUCAGCCAUUAGAACCGAAUGAGGUUAAGACCAGCUGCAACGCGGGAUAUUAGCCAUAUCUUAGCGGUAAUCCUUAUGCUUAUAGAGUAAAAUAAUAAUAUAAAUUGACGUUACGCUGAGGUUGAAUCCUUAAUGAAGGAUUUAUUUGCGGUUGAUCCUUGAUGUGCUGGCAAAGUCUGAGUGGACCGGGAAAGGAAUGUGUUUGGUGAGAGGAAAAAAACUCGUUCAUUUUCUCGAGUCGAGCCGAAAAAAAAACGUUUCCACCUCUCCCGGCGAAAACAAAGGCGAUACUGCGAUCCGGUUGGUUCAAGGUUCUGAAAUGGAGGACGAAUUGAGGGAUAUGAAAGCACACAAAGCAUACUACAACAUGCUUCAUUUCGUUGCAGAUGCGCAACAGGGGAUUCCCAAGCUGUGCCCCUGUGGAUCUAUCACAAAGGAGGUCGUCGAUGAAGAGGAUACAUAUGAUUACCUCCCCGGCAAAAGAUACUUCAUAUGCAAAGAUUAUGAGAAUGACGGGUUGCAUUUCAGGCAACCAUGGGUUAUGGGGAUGCAACAAGAGGUUGAGAGACUGAAAGUACGUUUUCAAGAGCAGGAGAAGCUUCUGCGAGAGUGCGAAUCACUUAAGGGGCAGGUGAGAAUGCUGCUUACGCGGGUGGCUGAACUCGAGAAAACAAACUUACCGGUUUCAAACUCUGGUGAAGUACUAGACCAUGUCACGGGUUGAAGACAAAAGCUGGUAUCAAGUCACGGGUUUGUAUUCUCUGUUUGUAUUUUCAUGUGAACCAAGUCACGGGUUGUUUGUAUGUUGCCUUUAUAAGUCUGUUUGUACACUCGGAUGUUAUGCUAUUUCCUUUGCUCUUUUGCUUCCUUUGUACUGCCUAAAAACGGAUGUAAUGCUGUUUUAGUGGAAUCUAUUUCCUUUGCUCU